CCCGAGCUGCCGGGUACCCCGUGGCCGCCGCCGCCGUCCCCCGCGCCCGCCACUUCCGGGGCCGCAGUCCCGGGCAUGGAGCCGCGAGCUUGAGGCGCCGCCGGCCCUGGGACGCCCUGCCCAGCCCGGCCGCCUCCCCGCGCCAGCCCCGAGCCCCGGUCCGUGUCCCAUGCAGCUGGAAUGGAGGCUUUCUGGACCCUUUAGAAGGUUCACCCACCCUGAGUUCAGCCAAGUGGUUGAUGCGGAAGGUUAAGAAGCUGCGGGUGGACAAGGCGAACACAGGACGUUGGAGAAGCUUCUCACUGAAUUCUGAGGGGGCGGAGAGGAUGGCCACUGGGGCACCGACGUCUGACCGGGGCGACGCGGUCGAGAUGGAGGACCCUGCCUCCCGCUUCCAGGUGCAGAAGCACUCAUGGGACGGGCUCCGCAGCAUCAUCCACGGCAGCCGCAAGAACUCGGGCCUGAUCGUCAACAAGGCUCCACACGACUUCCAGUUCGUGCAGAAGACGGAUGAGUCGGGCCCCCACUCCCACCGCCUCUACUACCUAGGGAUGCCCUAUGGCAGCCGAGAGAACUCCCUGCUCUACUCCGAGAUCCCCAGGAAGGUCCGGAAGGAGGCCCUGCUGCUCCUGUCCUGGAAGCAGAUGCUGGAUCACUUCCAGGCCACGCCCCACCACGGGGUCUACUCCCGGGAAGAGGAGCUCCUGCGGGAGCGGAAGCGCUUGGGCGUCUUCGGCAUCACCUCCUACGACUUCCACAGUGAGAGCGGCCUCUUCCUCUUCCAGGCCAGCAACAGCCUCUUCCACUGUCGGGACGGGGGCAAGAACGGCUUCAUGGUGUCCCCCAUGAAGCCCCUGGAAAUCAAGACCCAGUGUUCCGGGCCCCGGAUGGACCCCAAGAUCUGCCCCGCCGACCCUGCCUUCUUCUCCUUCAUCAACAGCAGUGACCUGUGGGUGGCCAACAUCGAGACGGGCGAGGAGCGGCGGCUCACUUUCUGCCACAGAGGCUUGUCCAGUGUCCUCGACGACCCCAGAUCUGCAGGCGUAGCCACCUUCGUCAUCCAGGAAGAAUUUGACCGCUUCACUGGCUACUGGUGGUGUCCCACAGCCUCCUGGGAGGGUUCCGAAGGCUGCAAGACUCUGCGGAUCCUAUAUGAGGAAGUCGAUGAGUCCGAAGUUGAGAUCAUUCAUGUGCCCUCUCCUGCGCUAGAAGAAAGGAAGACGGACUCCUACCGGUACCCCAGGACAGGCAGCAAGAAUCCCAAGAUCGCCUUGAAACUGGCCGAGUUCCAGACCGACAGUCAGGGCAAGAUCGUGUCCACGCAAGAGAAGGAGCUGGUGCAGCCCUUCCGGACGCUCUUCCCGAAGGUGGAGUACAUCGCCCGGGCCGGCUGGACCCGGGACGGCAAAUACGCCUGGGCCAUGUUCCUGGACCGGCCCCAGCAGCGGCUCCAGCUCGUCCUCUUGCCCCCGGCCCUGUUUGUCCCCACCACUGAGAGCGAGGAGCAGCGGGCCGCCUUCGCCAGAGCGGUGCCCCGGGACGUCCAGCCGCAUGUUGUCUACGAGGAGGCCACUGACGUGUGGAUCAACGUUCACGACAUCUUCUAUCCCUUCCCCCAAGCAGAGGGAGAGGACGAACUCUGCUUCAUCCGCGCCAAUGAGUGCAAGACAGGCUUCUGCCACUUGUACAAGGUCACUGCUGUCUUGAGGCCCCAUGGCUAUGACUGGACCCAGCCCUUCAGCCCUGGGGAAGAUGAAUUUAAAUGCCCCAUCAAGGAGGAGAUCGCACUGACCAGUGGUGAAUGGGAGGUUUUGGCGAGGCACGGCUCCAAGAUCUGGGUCAAUGAGGAGACGAAGCUGGUGUACUUCCAAGGCACGAAGGACACGCCCCUGGAGCACCACCUCUACGUGGUCAGCUACGAGUCGGCCGGCGAGAUCGUGCGCCUCACCACGCCCGGCUUCUCCCACAGCUGCUCCAUGAGCCAGAACUUCGACAUGUUUGUCAGCCACUACAGCAGCGUGGGCACGCCACCCUGCGUGCACGUCUACAAGCUGAGCGGCCCUGACGACGACCCUCUACACAAGCAGCCACGGUUCUGGGCCAGCAUGAUGGAGGCGGCCAGCUGCCCCCCGGAUUACGUGCCCCCGGAAAUCUUCCACUUCCACACACGGGCGGACGUGCGGCUCUACGGCAUGAUCUACAAGCCACAUGCCGUGCAGCCGGGGAAGAAGCACCCCACUGUCCUCUUUGUGUACGGAGGCCCGCAGGUGCAGCUGGUGAAUAACUCCUUCAAAGGAAUCAAGUAUUUGCGGCUCAACACUCUGGCGUCUCUUGGCUACGCCGUGGUCGUGAUCGAUGGCAGAGGCUCAUGUCAGCGAGGGCUUCGGUUUGAAGGGGCCCUGAAAAACCAAAUGGGCCAGGUGGAGAUCGAGGACCAGGUGGAGGGCUUACAGUUCGUGGCUGAGAAGUAUGGCUUCAUUGACCUGAGCCGGGUCGCCAUCCACGGCUGGUCCUACGGAGGCUUCCUCUCGCUCAUGGGGCUGAUCCACAAGCCCCAGGUGUUCAAGGUGGCCAUCGCAGGUGCCCCGGUCACAGUCUGGAUGGCCUACGACACGGGGUACACGGAACGCUACAUGGAUGUCCCAGAGAACAACCAGCUCGGCUACGAGGCGGGCUCCGUGGCCCUGCACGUGGAGAAGCUGCCCAACGAGCCCAACCGUCUGCUCAUCCUGCACGGCUUCCUGGAUGAGAACGUGCACUUUUUCCACACAAACUUCCUCGUCUCCCAGCUAAUCCGAGCAGGAAAGCCUUACCAGCUCCAGAUCUACCCCAACGAGAGACACAGUAUCCGCUGCCCGGAGUCCGGCGAGCACUAUGAAGUCACACUGCUGCACUUUCUACAAGAAUACCUCUGAGCCCCUGCGGGCUGGCACUUUCGGGGGGCCUGCACAGUCAGAGCACAAGUGGCGUCACUGCUGCCACCACGGGGGGCACGAGGCGGGGGGGGGGGGUGCCAAGUGGCCCCAGGCCCCGCGCGGCGCCGCCUCCCCCUGACCCGCUGGACCGCCCGCCCUGGGAGCCGCCGCCUUCGCCCCAGCGCCUUUUAUCAGUUUUGGUUUUUUGGGUUUUUUUUAAACGCUCCUGAGUUUUUUGCCUGCCGCUUCUAGGUUGUCAGGUUGGAGAAAUGAGGCAGACAUCCGUGGGUCACUUCCUCAAGCCAUCCCUCCUCUCACCGUUGUCAGGGAGCAGGAGUCCUCAAUUCCACUGGGCAUGGAGGCCAGAGGAGACCCGGAGGAGCCGGGCCUUUGCCCCGGGGCCCGACCAGCCCGCCCUGGCCACUGGCUCAGAAGCAUGUGACUGCCUUUCCUCCCCCGCCCGUCCACUUCAUAUUUGUGUUUUGUUUUGAGGGUGGGGGCCGUUUUUCUUAACUAUUUAAAAGACAGAAAGCAACGGGUGCCUAAAUCUAGAGUGAGGGCCCGCCGCCGGGUCACGGGGCUCAGCCCAGCCAGCGCCAGAAGCCUGCAGCGGGCGGCGCGCCCAGCAGGCCGCGAGGGCGCGCACGGAGGCGGGGCCGCCCUCUGGCCCCGCCUCUCCCCCGCCCCUCCACCCCGCCCCGCUUUCAGGCCGGUUCUGAAACGCGCCCGGCUCGGCUCUCUGCUGGUCAGCGGCUGCUGCCCCCUCCCCAGCCCAGCCAUCUGGCCACGUUUCCGCCUGGCCUGCACAGACCGGGGUUCUGGGGGUGGGAGUGGAACCUUCUCCGCCUCAGGGUUAUCCUUACCCCUACCUUUUCCUCCCUGCCAAGAGUUCUGCCAGGGGCGGGUUUAAAAAAAAAGAAAAAAAAGAAAAAAAAAAACCCAC